ACUUAAGUUAUGAGGGCCUGUUAGAAAAAUAGCCUUAUUAUGAGCAACGUACGUGUGGAGGCUAUAGCUUCCUCCAUAGUUCGAGAAUAUCUCAGUCGAAAGGGUUUAAAAGGAACUCUCCAGUCAAUGGAUGAGGAAAUGCCGCGGUCAGAUGGAUGUAUCAGUAACCGCCAGGCUUUGAUGAAGGAGUUGCGUAUCGAAAAAUUAAUGAAGAAAAACAAGGAGAUGGUGGACCCCCUCCGGGCUAUGAUUGAAGUUAUCACCAAGUACCUACUAGACAGAAACGAUGGAAACCUUGACAGACCUAUCAGCUCGAAGGAUCGUCGACAACAAGAUGAUUGUAGUCCAGACACACAAUACUCCCCAGGAACAGAUAAACUGGACUUCAAGUUUUCUAGUGAGGCAAUGGCUGCUGCUUCUUCAAAGAGGAAAACUGCAGGCUCUGCUGCAAGUAGUGCAGCCCCUACUAAGUCAGAGACAGGAGACCUUGUGAUUGAAGACAAUCUUGAGAGCGAAACUAUUCUUGGUGAUGGAAAAUCUGGCGUCCUUGCCCAGGAGAGUCCUGAAAUCACUCCCUCCACACAGAAGUCUCGUCCCCGCUCUUCUACUAAACACAGAGGUCUGUCUGGACCAGUCACUAGUAACCUAGAUGACAGACGGAGGGGCCAGCGUCCAAGGCCAAUGUCGGGUGUAUCCAGAAAAGGAAGUGUUCCAUCUUCAACUUCCAAUGAAAAGGAAGUGUCCACAGUGAUGGCCAGUAACAAAGAACCUUUGAUGGUGACUCCUAAAACUGAUCUGGAGAGUAUAGAUUCACUGAUCUCACGACCAUUAGAGCACAGAAAAUCAAUACAAAAUGUUUUAGAUGUUGAUGCACCUGUGAAGACUGGGAAAAUGAGCCGGCGUCAGAAUUCUGUUGAGAAGGAAGAGCCCCAUUAUAGCGUGGAUAAGUCAAGUAUCAGUAAACAGCCUGCGUCCCGUGAUACAGUGCAACAGAGGCCUUCCUCUUUUAAAUCUACUUCAACAAAGGUUGGUGAUGUGGAAAUUGGAGAUGUGGAUGACCUUGACAAUGAAGUUGCAAAUCUUGACCUUGGACCCAGACUUCCUGUAGGGCGGCCAAUCCAGAAUCUUUUAGCAGCUCGACCUAUAUCACUACAGACAGCUGUGAACCUGAAGACCAUUAUAUUUGGCAGCGCCAACCAGAACUUCAAUGAUGAGUGGCGACAUCAAAGCUUUACCUUUUGUGAUCUUCCGAGUCUCAAGUUCGGCAUUGUACAGAAAAAGGGUGGACCUUGUGGUGUUCUGGCAGCGGUACAGGCUUGUGUUCUACAGGAGAUGUUAUUUGGUGAUUCUCCUGUUCCCUCCAGUAGAUUCAGUGACCCCAGUAUUGAGGAGCGCAGUGGUUGUUUGGCAACUGCUCUGGCACGGAUCUUUUGGAGGGCUGGCGAGAAUAGGACAGCCGUAGUAGUCCUUCCAUCAGGAAAGCCUCAAUUCCAAGCAAGCAAAGGCAAAUAUAAACAAGAUGAUUUAACAGAAACGUUGAUGAUAAACCACUUUAAAACACAUUCAGACCUGAAGAAUUUCAUAAUCCAAAAUUUGAGUCAGUUUGAGUUGGACGGCACCAGUGGAGUAAUCCUGGCUCUAUAUUCCUGUAUUAUGUCCCGCUUCAUGGAUUUAGUGAGAAGUGAUAUGGAUGAACCCACAGGUAAACUGAUGGGGGCCCAUGGAUACUGUACUCAGGACAUGGUGAACCUGAUACUGACAGGAAGGGCUGUGUCUAAUGUGUUCAAUGAUGUUGUGGAGCUGGAAUCUGGCGAUGGUACACCUGGUACCAUCCUAAAGGGCCCAAAUACUCGCGCAGAUACUGGUCUCCUGUCCCUGUUUGAACACUACAGAUCCUGUCAGGUGGGGACAUAUCUAAAGACACCACGAUUUCCUAUAUGGGUGAUAUGUAGUGAGAGUCACUUCAGUGUGCUCUUUUCUUUGAAUAAAGAGUUGGUCAGUAACUGGAAGGCAGAGCGAAGGUUUGACCUCUUCUACUAUGAUGGCCUAGCCAGACAGCAGGAACUCAUCAAGCUGACCAUUGACACAACAAUAAAAUAUGAAGGUGGAGAAGAAGAAUUAGUACCUCCACUGGAACAUUGUAUCAGAACCAAGUGGAAAGGUGCUGUUGUUGACUGGAAUGGAACAGAGCCACUGUUAUGACAAGGGACGUCUCAUCAAAUAUACAGUUAAAACCAAAAAAUUUCUACACCACUACUUACCAUAUAUAAGAAGGACGUAUCCAUAUUAUUACAAAGUGAUAAAACUUGUAGUACAUCUUGCUGGAGGUCCUCUACAUUAACUUCCCAAAUAAAAUCUAACUGACCAUGAUACCGGGUUCUGUAUACGUAAAGAGGAUAAAGCUUAAGACUAUACUAUUUUAUGUACAACACUGGUGACUCAAAAUGCUUUAAAACUGUACAGGCUAUAUAUCAGGUGAUGUAGGUAGUCACUAAACAUUAGUUAGACAUAGAACCCUGUAUGUCAUACAGUGCAGUUGUCAGACUCGUCAAUCUCUGUGUCAUACAGCACAGUCAUCAGAAAUUGAAAGCUGUGUGUCACACAACACAGUCAUCAGAAAUUGAAAGCUGUGUGUCAUACAACACAGUCAUCAGAAAUUGAAAGUUGUGUGUCAUACAACACAGUCAUCAGAAAUUGAAAGCUGUGUGUCAUACAAAACAGUUGUAUUGAACCUGAACACUGUGUAUCAAAGAAAACAGUCAUAAUUGAACCUGAACACUGUGUUGUUCAAAACAGAUAGUUGAACUAGAACCAUGUGUUUCAUACAAUAUAGUCAUCUUUAAAUCAGAACCCUGUGUAUUGUACAAAACAACGAUAAUUGAACCAGAACCAUGUGUGUCAUACAAAACAAUCAUCACAGAAUCAGAAGGCUGCAUGUUGUACACAACAGAGGUCAUUGAACCAGAACCAUGUGUGUCAUACAAAACAGUCUUCACUGAAUCAGAAGGCUGGAUGUUGUACACAACAGAGGUCAUUGAACCAGAACCAUGUGUGUCAUACAAAACAGUCUUCACUGAAUCAGAAGGCUGCAUGUUGUACACAACAGAGGUCAUUGAACCAGAACCAUGUGUGUCAUACAAAACAGUCUUCACUGAAUCAGAAGGCUGCAUGUUGUACACAACAGAGGUCAUUGAACCAGAACCAUGUGUGUCAUACAAAACAGUCUUCACUGAAUCAGAAGGCUGGAUGUUGUACACAACAAAGGUCAUUGAACCAGAUCUUGUGUAUCAUACAAAACAGUCAUUGAAUCAGAAUACUGCAUGUCAUAAAAUACAGUGGCUAAUGAACCAGGACCUUGUGUUCCACAUGAAAAAUUAAGUCAUUAAUACAGACCCUGUGUGUCCUGAAAACAGAACGCUGUUAGAACCAAAAAAAACUAGAAUAUUUGUGUUACAUUUACAAAGGAAAACUGUAACAAAUCUUAUGUAUCACACUGCAUUGUUAAGCACUGACAAAAUAACCAGAUGACCUUGACUUGAAGCAGUUUAAUCAUCAGAGAAUCACUAGAAAGUUGUUGGUGAAGGUCCAUAGUAUAGCAAGCAAUUGAUGCCUUUAUUUGAUAAUUUAAAACCAAGUAAUGACUUGAUACAGUGAAUAACGAGAAAUUAAGGAUAAGAACUCUGAUAUUAGUGCCAAUAGACCGUGCUGCUGUGGUACCGUGACUAUUUUAGUCCUUCAAGUAAAAUUUACUGAUAUCAAAUAUGAAAUUGAAUAUUCCAUCAUUAUCAAAAAUAAAACUUAACCUGAUGAGAGUUGACACAUUUACUGCAAAGAAAUAAGACUGUAAACAAGUUUUAUUUAAGGGUUGAAUUAUACCUUAUUAUUAUAUUCAAAUUUAGCCUUGACCUUGCAUCACUAAAUUAUGAAACGUUUUGAACCAUUGCCAAUACAUCAAAACGUGUAUAAGUAGUAAGAUUGAAUUUAGUGGUUGAUAUUCCUGGAAAAAUAAUUUAGAAUUUUUUUAAAGUAAUUUAAAGGUAAUUUUUUAUGUAUACUAAGAAAUUCCUUAAAAACCGGUACUGUCAUGGUAUGAUGAGAUCAUUUAAAAUAAACUAAGAAUAUUUGUUUGGAGGGCAUUCUUUGAGUUUAUGUGAUACAGGAACCUGACAAGUGAAAAACUUCACCCCAAGUUAAAAGGCUUCUGUUAACCAUAGCAACAGGUUCUCAAGAAAGUGACUUAAUAGACUUUACAUAUGAACAACUGUAUAACAGAAAAUGUUUGUGAAUACUUUCCUCAGUGGCUUGAGCCCGGUGAAUCGUUUCAAUGACAAACACUUUCAUGGAUAUCGUACACCAGUAUAUAUGCACAAAAUUACUUCAUCAGAAGUGUUUUUUGUUGCAUAUGAUUUUCUUGAUUUGUUUAUAGCCACAAAAAGACAAACUUCUACUGAACAUACAUCUUAUGUUAUACAGUACUUACUAUAUGCCUUUCCACUGAUUAAUGUGUUCAUGUUUGUAUUAUUGAUAAGUAUGUAAGUAAUGAUGUGGGAUUAUAGAUCUGAUACAUUGGUUAAAAAUGUAGUCUCUUCCAUUGCUUGCAUAGGCUAUACAGUUAUAUAUUUAUUAAUAUUUUACUUAAAUUUAUUUAUUGCUUUUAAGAGCUAAGUGUUGCCAAUGUUUACCUUAUAUACAAGCUACAUUUUGACUCCCUGUUUUUAUGGUUGACCUUGAAGGUCAUGUCAUGAGGUGUACAUGGAUGCCAAAUAAAUAAUACAUGCAUCACAAUAUAUACUCUCCAAACCAGAGUGCCGUCCAACCUAACUCAGAGUAUACUGAUGAAAUAAUCUUUGUCAUUACUGACUCAGGAUUGUGUUAUUUGUGAUUGUAUUUCUGUUGUGUUUCUAAAAUUUUAGUUUGUUUUAUCAUGCAUCAUUUCAGCUCUUGAAAACCAUUUAUGUGUGAUGUCAUCAAAUACUGCAUAUCAUUGAGUGUGUUAUGUCAUCAGAUAUUAUUUAUCACCGAGUGUGUUAUGUCAUCAAAUGUUGUAGAUUAUUGAGUGUGUGAUGUCAUUAGAUAUUGUUUAUCAUUGAGUGUGUGAUGUCAUCAAAUAUUGUAUAUCACAGAAUAAGUGAUGUCAUCAGAUCUUGUUCAUUACUGAGUGUGUGAUGUCAUCAGAUAUUGUGUAUCACUGAGUGUGUGAUGUCAUGAGAUAUUGUAUUUCACUGUGUGUGGGAUAUCAUCAGAUAUUUUAUAUUACUGAGAGUGUGAUUUCAUCAGAUAUUGUUUAUCACCGAGUGUGUGAUGUCAUCAAAUAUUGUAUAUCACAGAAUAAGUGAUGUAAUCAGAUAUUGUUUAUCACUGAGUGUGUGAUGUCAUCAAAUGUUGUAGAUUAUUGAGUGUGUGAUGUCAUUAGAUAUUGUUUAUCAUUGAGUGUGUGAUGUCAUCAAAUAUUGUAUAUCACAGAAUAAGUGAUGUAAUCAGAUAUUGUUUAUCAUUGAGUGUGUGAUGUAAUGAGAUAUUGUGCAUCACUGUGUGUGGGAUGUAAUGAGAUAUUGUGCAUCACUGUGUGUGUGAUGUUAUGAGAUAUUGUGCAUCACUGUGUGUGGGGUGUAAUGAGAUAUUGUGCAUCACUGAGUGUGUGAUGUAAUGAGAUAUUGUGCAUCACUGAGUGUGUGAUGUAAUGAGAUAUUGUGCAUCACUGUGUGUGGGAUGUAAUGAGAUAUUGUGCAUCACUGUGUGUGUGAUGUAAUGAGAUAUUGUGCAUCACUGUGUGUGGGAUGUAAUGAGAUAUUGUGCAUCACUGUGUGUGUGAUGUUAUGAGAUAUUGUGCAUCACUGUGUGUGGGGUGUAAUGAGAUAUUGUGCAUCACUGAGUGUGUGAUGUAAUGAGAUAUUGUGCAUCACUGAGUGUGUGAUGUAAUGAGAUAUUGUGCAUCACUGUGUGUGGGAUGUAAUGAGAUAUUGUGCAUCACUGUGUGUGUGAUGUAAUGAGAUAUUGUGCAUCACUGAGUGUGUGAUGUAAUGAGAUAUUGUGCAUCACUGUGUGUGGGAUGUAAUGAGAUAUUGUGCAUCACUGAGUGUGGGAUGUAAUGAGAUAUUGUGCAUCACUGUGUGUGGGAUGUAAUGAGAUAUUAUGCAUCACUGUGUGUGGGAUGUAAUGAGAUAUUGUGCAUCACUGUGUGUGGGAUGUCAUCAGAGAGGGUAAUUUCAUCAGAUAUCUGAAGAAACAGUGUAUUGAUAUUCCGUAUAUGUUUAAUAUAAACUGUAUUUGAAUGAAAUAAAAAUAACAUUGAUUUAUGAUGAAUAAUGUGACUAGUUAUCAUGUGUGAUGACCAGUCAUCAAUUCAUUGAGUUUUAUCUAAAUCAGAUUAUCUUCCUUGUGACUUUGAAUUAUGUCAGAAAAUGUUUUGAAAAUGUAAUACUGCUAAAUAUGUUAGAAUAUUUUAAAGCUUAAUGUGUAUGAUUACAUUUCAAAUAUGUUAAAUUUGUGAAAAUUUUACUUCAAAUUGUUUAUGAUGAACAUUCUUGUCCCAUUAAUACUUUUUAUGAAUGUCUGUUUAGGAUAAGUAUUGCCAUGGUUACAAGUCAUAAUUCAAUAUAUAGCAUAUAGUCAAUACCUUACAUGUGUAUGGUUAUAUAUAUCUAUAAAACCUUACAUAGGUCUGUUACAAGGAUAUGGCUAUCUCUCAACCAAAGUUUGAGUUUAGCUGGUCAGCUUCAGACUUGCCAAGUGCUGGCCAGCCAAACUCACAUACAAGGACUGAGAUAUCUCUGUACACCAAACAGACCUAGGUUUAAUUAUUUUUCUCACGCCAUUGCAAAUAAAAUUGUAAUUUGUUGAAA